AUGUCCGCCACCACCUCCAUCGACAAUGUUUCACACCGCCCUACCAAACGCCGCGCCCUGACCCCCACCACCCAGCAAUCCGCCCAAGUCCAAGCGCUCUUCAAACACCCGGAUCGCGACAUCGUUAUCCCUCCCUCAAGCACCAGCCAGACAAAGUCACUAGCACCUCCACCGGAAAUUGUAGCAAACGUCCAAGGCUCCUCCGCCGGUGCUGGAUCGGGCGAAUUUCACGUCUACAAGGCGAGCCGCAGGCGCGAGUAUGAGCGCCUACGAUUGAUGGAUGAGGAGGUGGAGAAGGAGAAGGCGGAUCGGGAGUUUGAGGAAAGGGUGGAGAGUAUGAAGCGAAAGGAUGAGGAGGCUUUGGAGCGGAAUCGGAGGAAGAGGGAGAAGGCGAGGCUGAGGAAGGAGGGGAAGAAGGACAGAGUGGAUAGUGAGAAGGGGGUGGGAACGGAGGUUGAUGGAGCUGUGGGGAAGAAGAAGCUGGGGGCGAGGAAGAUGGUGACUGCGCCGCAUGAGAGUGCAGAUGCAGAAGGAGGAUUGAAGGGGAACGAUGGCUCGAUGGCUAUGCUUGAAGCGGGCCAUGAUGGAGGAGGCGAUGAGGAAAAUGGGAUCAAGAUACACGACGAUGAUUGA